ACUACGAAUAAAAACCCACCAGACGCUGAAACUUGAGGUGCAUCAACAAUGGCGGAAGAAAAGCAGAGAGAGCUCCGUGUGGUGAUGUUUCCGUGGCUUGCCCAGGGUCACAUAACACCCUUCCUUGAGCUUGCCAAAAGGCUGGCCACUCAUGGUUUAAAAAUUUUCUUUGUGUCAACUCCACUGAACAUUAAGUUACGAAUUAGACCGCAAGUGCUAAAUACACCGGGGAUAGAUCUGGUGGAGUUGGCGAUGCCCUCCGUAGAGGGGCUGCCAAGAGGAUUAGAGUUCUCUGCUGACGUUGUCAAGAGAGCAGACGCUCCCGUAAUACUACCUUUACUCUCAGUCGCCAUGGACCUCUUGGAGAAGCCCUUCGAAGCGCUGCUGCAGCAGCUCUCACCAGAUUUUGUGAUCUACGAUGUAAUCCAGCACUGGGUUCCUCGUGUGGCUGCCAAGCUGCCCCAUCCCAUUCCCCCCAUAGUAUUCGUCACACCGGAAGUGGCCGGCAUCAGCUAUUUGGAAGGACAGCUAGACACCACAUCGGGAAACCCUAGCGCUGAGGAUUUGAUGGUAUCGCCGCCCGGAUUCCCUUCACCCAAUAUUCGCUUCAAGUUGUUCGAAGGGCGGAGGGCCAUGGAGCAUCUAUAUCGCAAGCGUUCAGAUGGGCUUAGCAUCGUAGAGCGCUUAAGCAUCUGCUUGCGCGAGAGUUGGGCAAUCGCGUGCAAUGCGUGUUCCGAGUUAGAAGGGGAGUACAUCGACUAUCUGCGGAGAGUGGUGAAGAAACCAGUGUUCUCUGUUGGAAUACUCAUGCCUAAACUCACGCCACUACCACUUGAUGAUGUUUGUUUGCGGUGGCUUGAUACGCAACCUGUUGGUUCAGUGCUAGUCUUGUCUUUUGGCAGCCAGUAUAUUCUUAACCACCAACAGUUUUCUGCAAUUGCAAUGGGACUGCAAGAGAGUAACGUAUCAUUCCUCUGGAUUUUGCCUGCCGGACAUGACUUGCUGCAAGGUUUCCAAGAUCAGAUUGGGGAAAAGGGGUUGGUGGUGGCAAAGUGGGCUCCACAGUUACAUAUUUUGAAUCAUCCUUCUAUAGCUGCUUUUUUAACUCAUUGUGGGUGGAACUCAAUGACAGAAGGCUUAAGAUUUGGAGUGCCACUUAUAACCCUUCCAAUGCAAUUUGAGCAAGGGUUAUGUGCAAGACUAGCUUGCGAGCUCAAUGUGGGAGUGGAAGUGACAAGAAAUAAUGAGGAUGGAUCUUUUACUAAGGAGGAUAUCAAUAAAGCAAUUAGAGUCAUAAUGAAAGAAGAAGAAGGAGCACAAAUCAAAUGUAGUGUUGCAAAGAUAAGUGACAUGUUGACUAACAAUAAUUUCGAAGUUAGUGAAAGAAAUGUGAGGGACUUUGUUUCCAUGCUUAGGACCUCUAAUAAACAGCUAGGUUGAUAGGUUUGGCAUUACCUCUAUUCUCUCAGUCUUUAGAAAUCAUAAGGUGAUUAAUGUUGUCUUUCUUGGUCCUUAUGAUUUAAAAGUCUUAGUGUGUGUUAGAAUGCAAUAUUGGGUUUCUUUGUUGUAGGAUUUAAGCUAAGGUCAUAAGUUUAUAUGUUUAUAUGUCUUCAUGUUUAGUAAGUGGCUUCUAUAGUUUGGUAUGCAACUAUGUGUUUAUGCACAAAGCUUGUAAGAAGACUUAUAUAAGCCACAUUAUUUAAAUAAAGACUACUUUACAAUUGGUUGA